AUGAUAUUGCGCGCAGGUAGAACCUCUUGCCCUCCUUUGCAACCUUUUGAUAAUUCUAAAUGCAUACGCAGAUUGAAUACCAAAUGGAAGCCUCCCAAUCAAGAUUACACCAAGCUUAACUUCGAUGGUGCUGCAAGACUUGGUAUGGCUGCCGAGGGUAGAAUUAUUAGGUCCCCUACUAGGGAGAUGGUUAUAGCUUAUGCUAGUAAUUUGAAUGGAUUCUCAAGUAGUCAAGUUGAAGCUAUGGCAUUGGCCUGGGGCCUCUAUAUUGCACUCUCCAUUGGCUUUAGGGCUAUUGCCAAAGAAGGUGAUUCCAAACUAAUAAUUGAUGCUAUUAAAGGGCUAAAUAGAAUCGAUUGGUCAAUUGAUAUUAUCAUUAGAGAUAUAUUCAGCUUAUUAUUUUCCUUUGACUCAUUCUUAGUGAGUCAUAUUUAUAGAGAGGGUAAUCAGGUGGCGGAUGCCAUGACAACCCUUGGACUCAAUGGGGAAAGGCUAAAAUGUUGGAGAAAUUACACCUCCCUGCCUCCCAGCAUUAGACACCUUAUUGAGCGAGAGAUAAACAAUGUAAUUCCCAAUGGAUGUGAACUUCAUUAA